UCAACAAGGAACUGCGAUGGAACCAUCAGCAUUCUUGUAUCCUAUGCCAUUUUGUGCCUUCUUCGUCACUUUGUUUUCAAACUGCUUCGUUGCUGCAAACUCGAAUGCCAACAGCAUCAAUCAUUGGUCAUUUCCUGUUGAUGGCCCAACUGUCGCCAGCCUCCCUCUUACCCACGAAGGCAACCACUCAAUCCUGAUGCAUCACAGGUGCAGGAGGGAUACACUUCUGUAUCUAAGAGGAGGUGCAUAUCUCACAAGAGAUGGCUUUGAGUCUGCACUGGACCCGCUGUACAUUUCAUCAGACCUCUUGAAGGCAGGCACCAGUUCUCCUGUGUUAAGAUCAGCCACGUUCUCCAGUGAUAACCUCAUCAUGGCUGUCAGCGGGACCGUCCUCACCUACAAUCUGAGGACACAGCAGCUGAGCCGAGCCACUGGCAUCCCCGACGAUGUGGACAUCAACCAGGUGGCAUCCUUCCCGUGUUGCUAUAGCGACACCGAGUGGUGUCUGAAGCAAGACAGCUCAGUUGUUGCCUUCAAUAGUUACAGCCCAUCACGGACAACAAUUACCUACUUCUUGUCAUCCGACAGAGGUCAGUCUUUUUCCAUUCGACAGUUCCAGCUGGGCUUCCCAAUCAAGGGCAAAAUUUUGGGAGCUUCGAUUUUCGGUUCCCUGAAAACUGUCACCUUCCUGGUGGAUAGAGAGGACUCACUUAGUGCUCAGUUUGUCUACGAUUACAUUCAUCCAACACACGCUAUCUUGGCCAAGCCCUUCGCACUGCCGUUUAAUGUGACAGGGAACCAGACAUCGUUUGCUCAGCUGGAGAGUGGAGUUAGUAGUCUGGUAGUGUGGGAUAGUCAAGACAUCUACUACAGUGCUGUCGCAGGCAAAGCAGUUAUCAAGACAGUCGUCCAUUCUCGAGACCCAUCCUUAGCAUUGGCUGAUGACGAUACUGUCCAUCAAGUGAUUUCCAACAAGAAUGGAGAUUUUGCAGUGCUGACAACAAAAGGCCGUGUGUAUUUUGGCAGGGAGGGGCUGCCGCCAAAGAUAGUCAAGCUACCUCUGAAGAGCCCCCUGCCUGACCUUAUUGGCAACUCCUACGCAAUCCGCUUCACCCCUACAAACAAUAUUCAGUUGUUGUAUGCAGUCGACACGAACGAGAACACGAGCGCCUUUCCCCCUACCAGCAAGCUGCAGAUGCUGUCUCAGGUGGUCUACGUUCAGCAGCAGCUGGCCGAAGUAACACCUCCACUGGAGAAAUGCCGGCACCAAGGGUUCAUCACAAAUUUCCACGAUCGGCUGUUUUAUUUGGACCUGGGCCAGACAUUGGACCUGAGUGCCACCGUCAUCCCUGGUGCUUGGGAGUGCAACAGCUACAUGGUGUCUUUGUCUAAUCUGGGAAUCCUGUCGGUGAAUACCAGCGUCCAAGUUGGAGAGCCACUAGCACAAGGUGUGAUCAGCACAAAAUUGUUUGCACAUGUGUCUCUGAUCGCUGAUACUCUGCCUGAAGGCGGCAAAGAUGAAGCUCGUGGUAUGUCUACUCUGAGCAUGAGCAUGUACGACGCCAGUCUGAUGUGUCACCACAGGAAGCAAGUAGUUGCACACGUUGUUGCAGGAUGUUCACCAGGCAGACAUGUCCGAAUCAGAAAGAAUGGGGACGAGGAUUGUACAAAUAAGAGAGGAUAUGCCUAUACUAUAUACAAGGAUGUGUAUGACCCAACCUUUCUGCUGGGGUCAAGAGGGCUCACCGCUACAGCGGACAAGACCGUUUUGUAUGACUAUAACACCCUCGACUGUCCCAUCGUCAUGUACUACCAGGACAUGCUGAAACCCAUCGUUGAUUUAUACGAUGGUGAUGUGUUUGUUGAAGAGGUGCAAGAAGAUUACGUUGUGAAUGAAAUCAAUGGCAUGUUCACCUACAGCUACGAGAAAACGGCCAAACAGGUUGGCUGUAGGUCCCAGCCACAGAGCUGGCUACGACAGCUGAUUGCCCAAGACUCGCCGGACCCAGCAACUGCCUGGACAAGAGAGAACUACCGUAACUGCUUCCAAGAUGACGCCAGCGGAUUGCAGUUUCCCGAUCGACCCUAUGAAAUCCUGAGCAGUCAGAACAACAACCGGCUGAAAUGGAGUGCAUACAACGGCAUCAUGGUGUUUAACUUGUCUGUGCUGAACCCUGACUAUAGUUUUUGCCAGCUGCGGGGCCAGUUUGCGGUGGAGGUGUAUGGAGUCCUCCCCCAGUCAGUGCUGCCCCCUCUCCGUAUCAUGGUGGCCACCUGCGGCCUGGGGCUGGCCACCGUGGUGGCUUUCUAUAUCGGCCAGAAGCUGUGGCCAGGAGACAGGGACAAGGAGGAAGAGGAGAGCAAGGAGAGAGAGGCUGGUGCGCAAGAGGUGCCAAAUUCGUAAAAUGGCAUUUAGAUCUGUCUCUUGUGACUUGGGUAGCCUACAUAGGCCAGAACAGAGUGGCCAGAAAAAACCACAGAGAUGUUUAGCAUAAAUUUGAGCAGGAAGUAGUGGCCGGGGUGGCCCAUGUUGUUGCGGCCAGCAGACAGAAAGGACAAAGGCCGAGGGGAAAAUACACAAGCGAUAUCAGGACAAACGUGUGGUAGGUGCCUGAGAUUGGUGGCCUGGGUGGCCAACACUGGCUUGAUAUGAGGGGUUGGCCACAAGACGAGGAGGUGGAGAUGUAGACGUCAUGUCAUAUAUGGCUUGGUGGCCUUCAUGGCCUUGGAGAGGCCUGCAGAGGCCAGAGAGUGUGGCCAGUGGACUGAGGGAGACAUAUUACUUGUACCCUUUGAGGAGUUGCUGUAAAUUACAUCUUGGAAAGAAAUGCUCCUGCUAAGUCAUUUUCUCUGAAAGCAUUGACUGAAUGUUGCCUUUUAUACAUUUAACGACUAAAGUCUAACUUGUUCAGUCAUAUAAUGCUAACUUUGAUGGUUGUUGGUUGGUACUUUUCCAGUGUUUCAGAAGUUACAGGUUGAAAUCCUCUUCCAAAAUUAAGAACUGUCACUUAAGUUUACUAUACAUAAUGUCGUAAGUGGUAGUGCAUUCAGCUUGCAAAAUCAGUGUUAUUAGUUAGCUCAUCUGGUCUUUGUUGGUUACCUGUUGAAUCUGUGGUCAGGGGAGAAUUGGGUAGACAUUCUGGAAAGAUUCCGUAAAUGGAGGGAUUUAUUAUUUAAUCAUGACUUAAUUUUUUUUAUCGGGAAAAAAUAGGCAAUUCACAGUAGUGCGCCUCCAAGAGUUUGC